AUGAUCGGCCAGAAGACCCUAUACUCUUUCUUCUCCCCGACUCCCACAGGGAAGCGGACCACGUGCAGCCCCGAGCCGGUCCCGGGGAGCGGAGUGGCGGCCGAGAUCGGCGGCGAUGCCGUGGCCAGCCCCGCCAAGAAGGCCCGGGUGGAGCAGAACGAGCAAGGUUCGCCGCUCAGCGCCGAGCAGCUCGUCCGCAUCCAGAGGAACAAGGCCGCGGCGCUGCUCAGGCUCGCCGCCCGCAACGUGCCCGCCGGCUUCGGCGAGAGCUGGAAGCAGCAGCUGUGCGGGGAAUUCGGGAAGCCGUACUUCGUCAAGCUAAUGGGAUUUGUUGCUGAAGAAAGGAACCACCACAAGGUCUAUCCGCCCCCAGAGCAGGUGUUCACAUGGACCCAGAUGUGCGACAUCCGAGAUGUGAAGGUUGUCAUUCUGGGACAGGAUCCCUAUCACGGACCUAAUCAAGCUCACGGGCUCUGCUUCAGUGUCCAAAGACCAGUUCCACCCCCGCCCAGUUUGGAAAACAUUUUUAAAGAGCUGUCUACAGACAUCGAUGGUUUUGUUCAUCCUGGCCAUGGGGAUUUGUCAGGGUGGGCCCGACAAGGUGUCCUCCUACUCAACGCCGUCCUCACUGUCCGCGCCCACCAAGCCAAUUCCCAUAAGGAGAGGGGCUGGGAGCAGUUCACGGACGCAGUUGUGUCCUGGCUGAAUCAGAACCUGAGUGGCCUCGUCUUCCUCCUCUGGGGCUCUUAUGCUCAGAAGAAGGGCAGUGUCAUUGACAGGAAGCGUCACCAUGUCCUGCAGACAGCUCACCCCUCCCCGCUGUCGGUGUACAGAGGGUUCUUUGGAUGUAGACAUUUUUCUAAAGCCAACGAACUGCUCCAGAAGUCUGGCAAGAAGCCCAUCAACUGGAAGGAGCUGUGACCCCGCCCGCCCGCCCACAGGCCGUGUCUGUCCACAUCGGUGCUUUCAGCUGCUGCUGCCACGAAGCUUUUGUUGGUUAAGUUCUCAGUUCCUUGUGUGAGCGGAGAAAUGACACGGAUAGAUCUCUAUAGAACCAUCAUGAGCCAACCAGGACACAGAAACUGCAGCUCUGGCAGGCAGAACCUCUUGCCUGGCACUAGGUUUGAACUCUCCAGGCCCAGCCAGCUGGCUGUUGAAACACACCUACUUUCUCAGAGACCAGUGGACACACCCUCAGUCCUGUGCUGGGGUGGGAGGAGAGGUCUAUACCUUUGGACCAGUAGUUUGGUGCCUGCUGCUGUCCGCUUUAUCCUUUAGAGUUAGAGAUUACAAAGUGUCCGUGUGUAUGCUUCAAAAGGCCCUUGUGUCUGGAAAGGAACCCUUGGGUGUUGGUGAGUCCUGAGAAGUCUGGCUUACAAUUGAAUGUACUUCCUGAUCGAUCACAAAGGGCAGGGGGUGGGGGGUUCUCCCUGGGUUCACAGUGGCCGCUCUCCACCCUGCGUCUUUCCUUUGCCUUUGCAGGCCCUGAAGUUGAGCGAAGCAGGAAUGGGAUAGAUUUGUUUUUAAAUGAGGGUAGGUGGGUUUUCUGGUGCCCAUGGAGUUGUUUCCUCCUCGCUGCAGACAGCAGACUGCCGCACGUGUGCGUGUGGUACUGGGGAUCCAACUCCAAGGUGCUGUUUCUCAUGGGCUGAGUUCACACGGAUUGUUUUUCUGCAACACUGGAGAAUGUUUUUUUUUUUUUUUUUUUUUUACAAGGUAGGCAGGUACAGUCAUUUCUUUUUCAUGCUUUUUUGAAAGACAAUCUUCACUGAGUUUACAAGCUGGAUUCCGUGGGUCCAGUUGGUUAGAGCCAUGGCCUG